UAUAUAAACAAGGGGAUUUUUUGAUGCUUUGAAUGGUAAUUUGGUACUAAUCUACUAUCGCUGAGUGUGUGAAAUUCAAGCGAAAACAAGAAGAUGCCUUGCCUGAACCUUUCGACCAACGUUAGCCUGGACGGCGUUGACACCUCCGCUAUCCUCUCUGAAGCCACCUCCACCGUCGCCAAGCUUAUCGGCAAGCCCGAGGCCUAUGUGAUGAUUGUGUUGAAGGGAUCAGUGCCCAUAGCAUUUGGUGGAACUGAGCAGCCAGCAGCUUAUGGUGAGUUGGUGUCCAUCGGUGGCCUUAACCCUGAUGUGAACAAGAAACUGAGUGCUGCAAUUGCGGCAAUCCUUGAAACAAAGUUGUCAGUGCCCAAGUCUCGAUUCUUCCUCAAAUUUUAUGACACCAAGGCCCAUCAAAGUCAAGAAUAUGCACAGUGUUUACAUGCUUUACACCAGCAUUAGAUCAUGGUUCCAACUUUGGAUGGAAUGGUUCCACCUUCUAAGACCAGCAUCUUUCCUCGGAUGGCUGCAAGCUCAGUUUCAUGCAUUGAGACAGCAAUAUCUACAUGGUGAUUUGGUAUCAUAAAACUUGGCUAUGGCAGUAUGUUACAUUGUCUCUAUACUUUCUCCUUAGACAUCUGUUACUUAUGUUGAAUACCAUAUGUUUCAACUCUAUGCUUCUUUUGGAGAAAAGGGAAAAACUUUAUUUUCCCCUGGGAUUUAGCCAAUGUUGUUAUGGUAUGAUUUAUAUUUACAUGUAAACUCAUUCUGUUCUGAAGCUAUGCAUUUUGAGCAACUGUUGUGCUGUUA